CGUCACACCAUGUCACCGCACCGCAUCGCACUGCACCGCAUCCCGUCACGCUGUCGCAACGUCGUCGCCCGUCGCCCGUCGCGCACCGGGCUAAUAGUCGCGAGAAAAACACAGGCCAAAACAGACAUUCUGCGACAUUGCAAACAGAGAAUUCGCCGAAAAGCCGCCCGCCCCAAAACAAACGGCCAACGCGCAUUUUGAACUUAAAUUGUCCGCGUCUUUGUCUCCACCAGCGACUCGGGUUAUGGAGAGACACAAACAACAUUCAACGAGUUUCCACGCGCCAUUGAAUCCCUGAGUCAUGCCCUCGGAGGUCAUUUGGGUCCUCUCCAGCCCAGAGGUAGGACCUCGCUCAACAUCAGCCGCCGUCAACACCAAGUCGUCGCGCCUUCCGCCCAGCGCACAGAAGCACAUCCCCGAUGAUGAUCUAGACCACGACACUUGUAACCUCACAGCCGAAGAUGUUCCACCAAUAUCUGCGUCAAAAACCCUCGCCAGAAAAGAAUCAGGUCUCGGCACCUUUGAUCUCACGGGAGACAGUCAAGAACUGAAGUCCAUCAAGGGCUCUGCUCGGAGUAUAACGCAGAAGGAAACUUCGACACUCGACAUUGACAUAUCAUGGCUGUCUUCGGAUGGCUUUCUCGAUAUUGACAAUAUCGCCAGAUCGACAUCCGGAGGUGACCGAACAAGCGAGCCAGUUAGGAAGCGACAGCGCUUAUCUCCUCCAGUCUCUAAGUCCAACAGCCCAAAACCUCGGUUGGCGCAGACACAUGUACCAGCCACAACCAAAAUCCCCGCUCGACCAGGGCCGUCAAGGAGUAGUAGCAGUAGGGUGAUGGAGGAUGUUGAGUUCUCCAGCUCUCCUCAUAUUUCUAGCCCGAAGAUAUCCAAAGCGCCCAAACCGACCUAUCGUGACGAUGGCGACAGCUCCGAUCCUUUUGCGAGUCCACCCCCAAGGCCCACCCGAGAACAAAAAGGCAAGGGACCUGCUUCUGUAAAAGUCACACCAGAUGUCACCAUCCUAGACGAUUCCGACGAUGAUGAUCCGUCCGCAGCCACCCCACCAAGAACGAACAGGAAACCAUCGGAGGACGAUUCCGACAAUGAUCCAUUUGCAGACAGUCCGCCAAAGAUUAAUCCGAAACCACGGGAAACGUCAAGGGCGGCAACUACAGCAGCAGCAUGGGACCCAAUAUCAAGCUCGGCCCCCCUUCCAGCGAAACCUAGUCCUCGCCGCCCACUAGGAAGAAGUCAAUCAGUGGUUAUUCCCCUCGAUGACUCGGAUGAGGACGUAGUCGCUGACCCCUUAUCCGACGACGAAGAUGACUUCCCAGACAUAUCCGACCUCCGCUUCCCAGCUAAUCGCACAACGAGUGAUCUGUCGGGACCAACGAAACGGCCAUUCACCAAGUCCGCAUCCACAACAACUGGCGCGACAAGAACGAAGUCCACAGGAGGUGCAAAGAAAACGGCCGAAGAACGAGCCAGAGAAAGAGAAGAUAAAGCCCUCGAAAAGAAAGCAGUAGCGGAAAGGAAAAAGCAAGAAAAAGAGCGCGAGAAACGACAGAAGGCCGAAGAGAAACAGCGCGCCGCCGCCCAUGCAGAAGCGAACAAGCUAAAGAUCAGAAAGGAAACCGCCACGCCCGAGAUGAUCGUGGAUCUUCCGUCUAGCCUCAACCAGGCGGCCAGGAUCAAAGCCGAGGAGUUCCUAAAGAAGAUCGAUGUCAAGGAGAUCAACACCUGGACCUCUCCAGUCGACAAUGUCGUACGCUGGCGCCGCGUGGUCAAAGCCCGCUACAACGAAGAACGCCACCACUAUGACCCCAUUCCCGAGACCAUCGGAACCGAGAAAUUCAGCCUCGUCAUCCUCCCCGCCGCCGAAUUCGCUAAGCUCGCAAUGGGCGCCGAGGGCCACAAUCUCGAAGCGCACGUGCUCAAGAUGCAACGCCACUUUCCCGGCCACCAAACCAUCUACCUCAUCGAAGGCCUGAAAGCGCUCCUCUCAAAGAACCGCAACAAGCGCAACAACGACUUUGCCUCCGCCGUCCGCUCCCGUCUGGCCGAGGACGAAUCCGCGACAGCUUCCUCGUCCCGCCGCACUACCUCCAAAAAGAACGAUCCCCCCGUAGCCAUCAACGAAUCCCAAAUCGACACCGCCCUCCUCCAACUCCAACUCCUCUACUCCAUGCAAAUCCGCGAAACCACCUGUCCCCAAGAGACCGCCCACCAGCUACAGCUCUUCACCCAACAACUCGCCAUCGCGCCCUAUAAACGGCGCCACGAAGACUACUUGAUGAAAUCGGCGGGCUUCUGCAUGGAUAGCGGACAGGUGCGGACGGCUAUUGGACCCGAGGAAGCGUACGUGCGCAUGCUGCAGGAGGUGUCGAGGAUCACGGCUCCCAUAGCCAUGGGGAUCGCGAAUGAGUACCCUAGUGUUGGGCGGCUGGUGAAGGCGUUGGAGGAAGGGGGGCCGGGGACGUUGGAGGAUGUUAGGAGGGUGAUUAAUAAGGAAGGGGAGGUUGGGGAGAAGAGGGUGGGGAAGGCGGUUAGUAAGAGGCUUUGGAAGAUCUUUACGGGGAGGGAUGAGAUGAGUACGGAGGUUUAG